AUGAAAGGCGUCAAACGCAUUUGCCUCGCCAUUCUAAGCUUUAUUUCCUUGGCAAAUUCACACGUGAUAGAUGAGAGCAUUCAUCUACUGCCGCUAGAUAAUAAUUUACUACAUGUGAAGCUAAAACUGGUUGUUAAUGGAAAAAGUUAUAAGGAAAAUUUCCUCCCCAUAAAUGUGCUGAAAAUACUAAACUAUGUAAAGUCACUGAAGAUUAACAUAAAAAGAGGUGUUUACAGGAAUUAUUACAACAACAAAUAUUUGGACAAUUACCCCUUUGGCUUUACCCUUGCAGUUGAACUGAAAGAAAUGCAAAAGGAUAGCGACUAUUAUAGAGAAAAGGAAAAAGGUGAAUUUUCAAAAGAUGAAAUAUUUCUCUUACGACAAUUAAUGAACGACAUUUGGUCUAUCACAGGUAUCGCAACGAAUCUCAUAAAAAUCAAAAAUUUGAUAAAAGUUCAUAAUGAAAUAUUUGCAUUUUUACCUGAUGAAAGUAUAUGUAUUGAACAUUUUUCCCUACUUAAAAAACUGUACCCAUGUAAAACCUUUGGUGGGUUAUUUAAUGCGCUAAGCCCUGCCUACUUAAUAUCAAAACGGAUGAGCAACAUAGGAUUUGAGCUACAUGACAACAAUGAAAAUUUACUAGUCCUUUAUGUAGACUACAUUACAGAACAUGAUCACAGAAAAGAUGUGAAUGUUGUAGACUUGAUAAACAGUAAAUACAAUCCGAAUGAAUGUCCAUUAGUUGACAGAACUGCGAUACUUGUGAAAAAAAAGGAAGAAAAUGUCGUUACAACGGUUUUCGAAAAAUAUGGAACUAUCAAUUUAGUGUAUGAUAAUAUAAACUUAUACAAUAUUGUACAAAAUGGAAAACCCAAUAUUUUAGAGGAAUACAUAAAUGUGCGCAUUUUUAAGGAAGAAGUUAACAGUAUGAUUACUGCGGACAUAAGAAAGAAACAAAGUUCGUUGCUCUAUGUAUUUCAAAAUUUGAACGCAGAAAAUAAAAGCGAUUUUUUAUUUGUUGAUAAAUUACCCUACUACUUAUCGCCCUUGAUACACACAAUGAUGAUUCAAGGGAAGGGUCCUGUAGCAAAUAGCCAAGCGAAAGAAAAUUGUAAUUUCACCUUUUUUGGGUAUAAUGCAAUGAAAAAUUUUAACAUUAAAUUUAGCAAUUUUGACACACUUGAGAAAAUACCAAAAAAUGGAAACUUCUACUACAUUAAUUUUAAGCACAAUUUGCCCCCACAGUGUGAAAUAAUAAUGAGGUUCGAAGUAAUCAAAGUGCAAGUCCGAUCAUUCGAGUUUGAAUUUGACAUAGAUAGAGGCAUUUUGCUAGGAAGCGGGAUAUUUGUGCAAAAGAAAAAUUACAUCUCACAAGGAGGUGACGAAUUUAUGUAUAAAUAUACCCCCUCACUCUUGGUAGAUAUAAUCUUGCCAGACACAAGUAUGCCUUUUAACGUUAUAGCCAUCUCCACAUGUGUCAUCAUGUUGUUUUUCGGGUUCAUGUUUAAGCUCACGGCCAAAGAAGAAACAAGAUAUAUUUAG